GCAAGCCCAACCAUUGGCUUUAGCCUUAGUUAAGGUCGCGUUUUCGCACCUACUGUUCGUUAGCACGAAUCUUUACGAAUUUGCCACACUUUCACUCGUUCCACGUUUUUUUUUGUUUUUCGAAAUUCAGCGUUCGCUGCGUUUUCCUUAAAAGCUCUGCUUUCAUCGCAGCGUGGUCUACUGUGGCAUCCAACUCCGCGGAGCGAACGCGGCCACGUCUGAAGUGAAGGAACCGAGUCGGCGUUGAGCUAAGCAACGCCAGGAAUGGUCGAAAUUUGGCUGACCUGGAGGAUUGCGCGUCCUACUCUGGCAUCCACCUCCAAGAAAAGCACAGCGAUCGUGGUCAUGCCCCGGAAACAGAGUCGACGUUGAGCAAGGCAUGUUUCGCCAUGAGCCACUGCCGAGGCCAAUGCCGCUGAAAUACGCUGUUCCGUUUUGGAUGUCGGGAGCUUCGGCAUCGUAUUCUACAUCGCGAACCUCGUAGAAAUACGCUGUUCCGUUUUGGAUGUCGGGAGUUUUCAGCAUCGUGUUCUACAUCGCGAACCUCGUAGUCGACGUGCAAGGAACGUGUGCAUGGCAUCAGAGGCACUGCAGGAAGCGUCAAAAUGCUUUCCGUGGGCGACCUGCAAAAGACGUGUGCAUCGCCAGGAGCACAGAGGAUGCGCCAGAAUGUUUAAUAGACAAUACUUUGGUUCCUGAGGAGUGUGCGCUGUUCUGUAUGUGGUGCACGGAUGGUAUCUUCCCUGCAUCUGGCCAUGGUUUUUGUUCAGCGGUGCACAGCCUGCGUCCCUACCACAAAGGCAACGUGUGCAUGGCAUCAGGAGCACAGAAGGAAGCGCCAAAAUGCUUUCAGUGGGUGACGUGCGAAGGAUCUGUGCAUCGCCAGGAGCGCGGAGGAUGCGCCAGAAUGUAUCAUAGCCAGUACUUUGGUUCCCGAGGAGUGUGCGCUGCUCUGGAUGGUGGUGCACGGAUGGUAUCUUCCCUGCAUCCGGCCAUGAUGGUUUUUCCUCAGCGGUGCACAGCCUGCGUCCAAACAACACAGACAGCGAACGUCGGUGGAAGCGGGUGACGUCUACCCGAUGUCGCAAUUAGCAGUGUGCUCCCAAGAUGCGCCGUUAUGUGCUCGUCGGCGACGGUUCGCGCUACCCCUGCAACCCUGUUCAAGGACGUUUCCGGCAGCAUGCCCACGGGACCCACAGGCAAAUAUUUGCCGUGAACCCAUACUCAGUGUCUUCCUGGCUCCUGUCUACAGGCGGAACAAGGACUUCCUUG